AUGGGAGUAAAGUUGAGCAAGAAGAAGAAGGGAUACAAUGUAAAUGAUGACAAAACUAAAGACAAAGUCAAAAAAGCAGAUGGAGCAAAUGCAGAAGAAGAAGGGACAACCAAAGCCAACGAGGAGACUCAGCCUGCUACUGAGAAUGCAGAGGUGAAAGAAAAUAAAGAAGAGAAGAAUGAUAAAUAUUCCCAGGCUACAGAAAAUAAAACAGAAGUUAAGGAUGGGGAGGCAGAUACAGUUCCAAACACAGAGUCAGAAAAGACAGAGGCAUGCCCUGACACUAAAGCCAAACCUCAGAACAUUGAACCACCUGUAUCCAAGCAAGAGGAGCCAACUGCUGCAGCUCCUGUUCCAGCUGCUAACAGUGAAGGUCCAAAAGCCUCUGAGCCUAGUACUGAGGCACAAGUUCCCCAGCCUUCAGAAGCACCAGCACCAAUUAAAGUGGAUGAAAAGAGUAAAGAGGAUGGGGAAGCCAAAAAGACUGAGGCUCCCUCUGCACCAGAAGCCAAAAGUGAGGUUGCCCCUGCUUCAGACUCAAAACCUAGCAAUGAGGUUGCUCCAUCGUCUGCGAAGUCUCCAGAAACUGAAGCAUCUAGUUCUUCUACUAAGCCUCUGAGUCUGCAGGACCAGCUGAUGAAGUUAAAGCUUCAGAGAUCCCAGCAGCUAAUUCUGAUCAAACCGUAG